AUGGAAACUGAUAAGAAGCUCCUAUCUACCCUUCCUCUUUUGACAACUCCAUUAUUCCAGCCUCAAUACUCACUGACGCGUGAAGAGAGUUUGAAGUAUUCUUAUGAACGAGCCGGGGCCAUCAGUAAAAAUUAUACAGAACUGACUGUGGACCAUAUUCAUGCCCUGACACCAAAAUUCUGGGAUAUGACUAGAGAUGAAAUUGUGACCCGAAACGCUGGAGCAUACAUACUGCUAGCUACGCAGUAUAACCUGGCUGCUGGUACCAUUGCCCAAUUCUCGCAUGAACGCAAAGAUCUACAGGGAUUACUAAAGAAAAUUAUGGGGUUCGAGGUUUCGUAUGUGCAUGCUGCCGUCAUUGGAAACCUCGAAGAAAAUCGGUUAUAG